GCUGAACCAUUCUUACACGUGUGUUCAUUUUAACUUUGGACCUGUCCCUCUCCUCCCGCAACCCCAAACAGUUUCUCUAUAUAACAGCCCUGGCUGUCCUGGAACUCACUCUGUAGACCAGGCUAGCCUCAGACUCAAAGAUUCAGUUGCCUCUGUCUCUGCUGGGAUUAAAGGUGUGCGCCACCACUGCCCGACUUCUUACCUACCAGGUCGUCCCGGCUUUUGUUUCAGACCUUCCAGCUCUGCUGUCCAGAGUGCUGCCAGUACUCAACGACUAGGUCUCUGUACAGCGUUGCUUCCCUAAGCUCACGUUCUGUUUCUGUAGAGGAGGUGAUGAGUACACACCUCGGGGUCUAGGGCUAAGUAGCUGAAAGUGGGACGCAGGCCUGGGGUUUUAGCUUUGGUAGGAGAAGCAAGGGUCUAGGCUCAAUUCCCGGCAGCGCAAAGAUAAUUUCAAAGAAAGCAGUACUGAGCAACAGAGGGCUUACUCGGUUAAGAAGGACUGGAAGGCCUGCGGCUCCUGCCUUCGGACCAAGACCCGAAACUGGUGCAGCUCACGGGAGUUCACCUCGUGCCCCAGCCCCGCCCUCACCUUUUGUGACGUAGCGGAUGUAGCGCGCCUCCCCGCACCCGCGUUAGCAGCCCGUGACCCACAGCUCUCCGAGGCUUGGCCCGUUGGAGGUCGCUUCGGUGUGAAAACGCGGGUGGAUCUUCCGGGCCAUGAUGAAACUAGCUGUAGGAUUCCUUCUGCUGCUUCUGGAAGUGCGGCUCCUGCCUGUAACACCUCUUCCAACUGACGAUUUAUCGGCCUCCACUCCGGGCAGCCCUCUCUCAUCGACUGAAUAUGAACGCUUCUUCGCCCUCCUGACCCCAACCUGGAAAGCAGAGACUACCUGCCGCCUCCGUGCAACCCACGGCUGCCGGAACCCCACUCUCGUCCAGUUGGACCAAUAUGAAAACCAUGGAUUGGUACCAGAUGGUGCUGUCUGCUCUGACCUCCCGUAUGCUUCCUGGUUUGAGUCCUUCUGCCAGUUUGCACAAUAUCGUUGCUCCAACCAUGUCUACUACGCCAAGAGGGUCCGAUGCUCCCAGCCAGUCUCCAUCCUGUCACCCAACACUCUGAAGGAGGUAGACUCUCCGCCAGAUGUCCCUCCCACCACCAUGACUUCUGCCAUGGCAUCCCAUGUCUCAGCCACGGAGCGCCAGGCCUUCCAGCCGUGGCCCGAGCGCCUCAACAAUAACGUGGAGGAGCUGCUGCAGUCGUCCCUGUCGCUGGGGGGCAAGGAGCCGUUGGGCAGCCGCAAGCAGGUCCAGGAGCAGAGCAAGCAGGAGCAAAUGCAGGAGCACAAGCAAGAGGAAGUGCAGGAGCAGGAAGAGCAGGAGGAGGAGGAGGAAGAGGAGGAAGAAGCCAAACAGGAAGAGGGGCAGGGGACAGAGGAAGGCCUGGAGUCAGCGUCCAACCUGCAGUCGGACUCAGAGCCCAAGUUUCAGUCUGAAUCGCUGUCUUUUAACCCUUCGUCCUCCUUUACUCCCCGGGUCCGAGAAGUGGACUCUCCUCCGCUGAUGAUGGAGAACAUCCAGGAGCUAAUUCGGUCAGCCCAAGACAUGGAUACAGUGAAUGAACUGAGCGAUAACUCCUGGAGAAGCCCAAGCACUGGCAGCCUCCUGCAGCUGCCCCACACGGAGACCAUGAUGGUGCUAUGCUAUUCCAUUAUGGAGAAUACCUGCACCAUGACUCCCACAGCCAAGGCCUGGAGCUACAUGGAGGAGGAGAUCCUUGGCUUCGGGGAUUCGGUCUGUGACAAUCUUGGCCGGCGACACACACCUGCCUGUCCCCUCUGUGCCUUCUGCUCCCUGAAGCUGGAGCAGUGCCAAUCUGAGAGCACCGUGCUGCGGCAGCGGUGUGGUGCUUCCCACAAGAUACCCUUCAUCAGCCCCUUCCUCUCAGCCCAGAGCAUAUCCACUGGCAACCAGGCAAAGAUCCCAGAAAAAGGCCGCUUUGGUGGGCUGGAUAUGUAUGGAGGGCUCAGCUCUGACUUCUGGUGUAACCGGCUUGCCUUGAAGGGCUGUGAAGAUUACCGAGUCUCCAACUGGCUCAGGGCUGAAUUCCUUAGCUUCCAGGAAGGGGAUCUCCCCACGAAGAUUUGUGACACAAACUAUGUCCAGUAUCCAAACUACUGUUCCUUCAAAAGUCAACAGUGCCUGAUGAAAAGCCAGAACCAAAAGGUGUUCCGCAUGAGAUGUUUGUUGACCGAGAACUACGAUGUGCUGAGCCUGGCUAAAAGCGAGGAGAUUAUCCUUCGGUGGAACCAAGAAUUUAACACUUUGGCUCUAGGCCACUUUGGAUGAGCCGGGGUCUGUGCUGUCCCUGCCCCAGCCCGACCUUUCCACUUCCUCCAUCGCUCUUAGACCACAUCUAUCAGUAGGCGUCCAGGUGCCCCUCACAGGUGUCUUACCUGACUUCUACUUACAUUUUCCUCGGGUUGGGACAGCAGUCCCAGAGAGGUCCGUGAUGGGUGCUCCACGUGCCUUGAAGAAUACCUUCGAAUAAAGUGUUUAUCUCCAGCCCAUGUGCUCUAUUUAGUGUGGUCCCCGCCCUCAGCACCGCCAGCCACCUCAUCCCCUAGGAAUCCACCAUCCACCUCCAGACUCCCUCCCGUUGGGAGGGCUCCACCUGCGAAUGAGAACCUCCUGGGGACAGCUCUGAGGAAGCAUCCUGCACCAAGAGAAGCAGCAGGGAUCGAGAAGGUAUGCUGGCCUUCGUCUCUGAAACUCUGGGCUCCACAAGCUCCCAUGUGAAUAUGGGAUUCUCAAGACCGAAGCCUGAGAUUGUAUCGACCCCAGAAAGUGUGACUUAUCUUGCACUUCCCUCUAUGCGGAGGGAGGAGACUGAAGCUACAUCCUGGAGCUCAGAAGCCACAAGCGUACAAGCCAUGUCAGAUGGUCUCGAUGCUGAAGCACCUUGAAGCGGCACUUUGGCACUGGCCUGGAAGAAUUUGGACACUCACGAAGCAGUGCAGCUGGAGAAAGCACGUGUAGCGUCUCUUCGAUAGGCUACCCGUCAUUAGCAGCGUUUUAGUUAAAAGGAAACAGAACUCAGGGUUGGGGAUGUAGCUCCCUUGGCAGAGUGCUUGCCUAGCAUGGACAAGGCCCUGGGUUCCAUCGGGCGUGGUGAUCCAUGGGAAGUGGAUCAGGGUCAUCCGUGGCUGCAUAGUUUGAGGUCAACUUGGGCUACAUGAGACCCUGUUUCCCAAAAAGGGGUGAUAAUUGUGGGGGA